GCACCUUCAGCAUGACUUUUGUAACACGGAUAUGGGCUCUGUUAGGCCUCUCUAAUGCUUUGGUUCGUGCAGCAAGCUAUCGUACUGUUGGUUCAUCAGGAUGUGCUGCUCAGAUGGUCUUUGUGCCUCCGUACACUGACACAGUGGUAUUCCUCGACAAUUAUUAUCGCAACUUUGGCGGCCCAGGAGUGGAUCUCAAGACUGGCGCCCAUUCGCCAGAACCAUUCAUGCAAGACGACGACUCGGAAUUGUUCGUCUUCGGUGUUGAGUAUGAGUGGCGUACCAACAACCUCCGCAAGUUGACUCCGAAAUCAAACACGUUUUGUGCGGCGGGCGUCUUCUUCCCAGAUGGGACCAUGGUCAACGUUGCAGGCGCGGAACUCUACUCUGGUGAUGCCAUUACCAAAAGACUUCAGGAUGGACGCCAGACUNNGCGAAGGUAUAAGCCAGGCCCUUGCGAGAUUGAUGGAUGCAAUAUGGACUUUGAGGUCAAUGUCGACGAGCUGCAGUCUCGCAGAUGGUAUCCGACUUCUAUCACUAUGACUAACGGCGAUAUCCUUGUCGUUGGUGGCUCAGAUGUUGGUCUUCUGGUCACCAACGAGGCUUCCAUCAACAAUCCUACCUAUGAGCUGAUCAAAGCCGACGGCAGCAAGGCGCCACCUCAGAGGAACUUGACUAUCUUGGGGUUUGGUGCCGAGGACAACGAGAACGCUGACAUGUCGUUCAACCUCUAUCCUAUCCGAUCUGCUGCUGCUGUGCUGUUGCCUUCUGGGGUGGGCGCUUACGAGCCUACUAUCUUGGUGUGCGGCGGCAGCUCAGGAGACAUUCCAAAUCCCAAAGCCUUGCCUGACUGCUACAGAAUCAGACCAAACGAUGACAACCCUGUUUGGGAGAAGGAUGAUGCAUUGCCAAACGAGGGUCAGACAAUGAUCGAACCCAUCCAACUUGCUGACGGAACAGUCGUCAUGAUGAACGGUGCCCAUAGAGGAAGUGCCGGAGGCUACCAAGCCGAAGACCCAGCACUACAAGCACUAAUCUACGAUCCCUACAAGCCUGCUGGCCAACGCUUCACCAAGUCUGCCACCUCUGAGAUCCCUAGGAUGUACCACUCAGUCGCCAUUCUUCUACCCACAGGGGAAGUCUUGGUCGCUGGUAGCAAUCCUGAUGUUUUCUACAACCCUGUCGGCAAUGUUUCGCUAGCAAACAAGAAGUACCCUUACUUCAGCAAUAACGGUCAUACAUCAUACCUUCAUCAACAACAGGAGCCUGACACAGCAUAUCCCACCGAAUACCGCGUCGAGAUCUUCGCACCACCUUAUAUAGACCAUGCCAGUCGUCGCCCUUUCAUCACCGCAUAUCCUCUAUCUGUAAAGUACAACGAGCGUUUUCAAAUAGUAGCUGAAGGAGCUCGCGAGGAUGUAGUCGUUCGGCUCUCUUACUCUGGCUUCCACACUCAUGGCGUUGAUAUGGGAGCGAGGAUGGUGCAGCUAGAUGCUGUGUUGAGCCCUGAUGGCGAUUACAUGAUUGAUGUUACUGCUCCAUUCAAUCCUUCGAUCAUGCCGCCCGGCGUGUACAUGCUUUGGGUUAUUGAGAAGGGGAUACCUUCCGAGGCUGUGUGGAUGAGAUUGGAACUU